AUCCAGUCCCAAGCGGUCAACAUGGAUGGCGUUCGCCCUUCAGGAGAAUUUUGAAAUCACCUUUUGGACGCGCGAUAGCCUCCCCCUUGGUCAGCAACACUGCGCUGACUUUCAGGAAUUUGUGAGGGUCGGCGAAGGAGCGAAGGAGGAACUGCACGAGGACAAAGAGAGUUGCCUAGCGAUGCUGCUGGAGUUGCACAACCAGGGCCAGGACCACUGUGUCCUCGCCUGCACUGAGUGCAAGCAGCGGGUGAAGACAGGCUGGCACUGCCCCGGGUGCGAGGACUACGACCUUUGCAUCAACUGCUACAACACCAAGGGCCACACCCACAGGAUGGUGAAGGUGGGGCUGGGCCUGGAUGAAGAGGCAGUGGAGGGCAAUGAGGGCGGCAACCAGGGGGAGAUGCAGUUCAGGAGAAUCCAGGAGGCUCGGCGCCUCAGCUUCCUGCGCUGCAUCCAGACCCUGAGGCAUACCUGCCAGUGCCGCGACGCCAGCUGCUCUCGGACCAACUGCCAGACGAUGAAGCGUGUUGUGCUGCACCCCAAGCGCUGCCAGCGUAAGGUCAAUGGAGGCUGCCCAGUGUGCAAGCAGCUAUUCGCCGUUUGCUGUUACCAUGCCAAACGCUGCCAAGAAAACCCAUGCCCCGUUCCCUUAUGCCUCAGCAUCAAACAGAAGCUCCUCGAGCAGCUGCUCCGGCUCCGCCAGCAGCGGAUUUGGAACCGCCUGCCGCAGGGGUAG